GAAUCAACUCUACUCCUCUCAUUUGGGUCCGUUUUGAGAUACUACACUACACAUGCACAAAACAGAAGGAGAAAAGAAAAGAAAUGUAUUUUCAUGUUUAAAAAAUAAAAAUGGGAGAGAGAGAGAAUCUGGUGGGCUUUGAGCUGUGGUAUAGCUGUCCCUUUGAUGAAUUAUUUCUGUCUUGCAUCAUACUCUCAUAAAGAGUGGCCUCUCAGGCUCUAAAACUAGAACAACAAACCCUUCUCCUUCUUUCUCAUUAGUGUGAGAUGAUGAUGAUGAUGAAGAAGAAGGACGCAGCAUACUCCUCCAUUCUCACACUACUCCUCAUUGCCACACUACUCUCCCUAACCGUGUCUGCCUCUUCACUCUCCGACGCCGAAGCAAUGUACGUCAAACAACGCCAGCUUCUCUACUACCGAGACGAGUUCGGCGACCGAGGUGAGAAUGUCAUCGUUGACCCUUCUCUUGCUUUCGAAAAUGACCGUCUCAGAAACGCUUAUAUAGCCUUGCAAGCUUGGAAGCAAGCCAUUUUGUCUGAUCCCCGUAACCAGACAGCCGAUUGGGUUGGAUCCGACGUGUGCAGUUACACCGGAGUUUACUGUGCUCCCGCUCUGGACAUCCCCAAGAUCCGUACCGUUGCCGGCAUUGAUCUCAACCAUUGCGACAUUGCCGGCUAUUUACCCGAAGAGCUUGGCUUGCUUCUGGAUCUUGCACUCUUCCACGUCAACUCCAAUAGAUUCUGCGGCACCGUGCCGCACAAGUUCGAGAGGUUGAAACUGCUCUACGAACUGGAUCUCAGUAACAACAGGUUCGCAGGGAACUUCCCUGAGGUCGUUCUGCGUCUUCCAUCACUCAAGUUCUUGGAUCUCAGGUUCAACGAAUUCGAAGGAACGGUGCCGAGAGAGUUGUUCGAUAAGGAUCUGGACGCCAUUUUCAUCAACGACAACCGUUUCGUAUUUGAUCUUCCGGACAACUUCGGCAACUCGCCGGUCUCCGUCAUCGUCCUCGCCAACAACAGGUUCCACGGCUGCAUUCCGGCGAGCUUGGGGAACAUGUCCAACUUGAACGAGAUCAUUUUGAUGAACAACGCAUUCCGAUCGUGCUUGCCUUCGGAGAUUGGGCUUUUGAAGAACCUGACGGUGUUCGACGUCAGCUUUAAUCAGCUUCUUGGUCCCAUACCGAACGCCGUUGGAAACGCCGUUAGCUUGGAGCAGCUCAAUGUGGCGCAUAACUUGCUCUCUGGUCAAAUUCCAGCUAGCAUUUGUAUGUUGCCUCACCUUCAGAACUUCACUUAUUCCUUUAACUUCUUCACCGGUGAGCCUCCCGCAUGUCUCGCAUUGCCGGCGUUUGAUGACAGGGUAAACUGCUUACCGGCGAGGCCUCUGCAGAGGCCUCCGGCGCAAUGUAAGUCGUUCUUGUCUAAACCUGUGGACUGUAACUCCUUUAAGUGUAAACAUUUUGUUCCUUCACCUCCAUCACCUUCACCAUUUCCUUCACCUACAGCACCGGUAACACCUUCUCCAUCACCUUCUACGCCUUCACCAUUUCCUUCACCUACAACACCGGUAACACCUUCACCCUCACAUUCCCCUCCAUCACCUGCUACACCUUCACCAUUUCCUUCACCUACAACACCGGUAACACCUUCACCCUCACAUUCCCCUCCGUCACCUGCUACACCUACAACACCGGUAACACCUUCACCUUCACAUUCCCCUCCGUCACCUGCUACACCUUCACCAUUUCCUUCACCUACAACACCGGUAACACCUUCACCUUCACAUUCCCCUCCGUCACCUGCUACACCUUCACCAUUUCCUUCACCUACAACUCCUGUAACACCUUCACCUCCAUCGCCUUCUACUCCUUCACCCUUUCCUUCACCUACGACACCUGUGACACCUUCACCUGUUCAUAGUCCUCCUUCUCCAGUGUAUUUGCCACCGCCACAUUCUUCCCCUACACCACCUGCUCAUAAUUACGGCUCUCCGCCACCCCAUCACUCACCCGCUCAACCUGUUUAUCCUUAUUUAUCACCGCCACCUCCUCCCUCUGUCCAUUCUUCACCUCCACCACCACCACCACCACCUUGUAUAGAACUUCCUCCACCCCCUCCCCAAUCUACACCUUCUCCCACACCUUACCUGCCACCACCAUCCCCAUCUCCUCCCCCGCCACCGCCACCGGUAUACCAUUCUCCACCGCCGGCAUCACCGCCUCCGUGCGAAACUCCACCUUCAGUUUCUCCGCCUCCACCACCUGCCCCAGUAUACGAAGGGCCAUUACCACCUAUCGUUGGACUCCCAUACGCGUCGCCUCCACCACCACCCUUUUAUUGAUUCUUUUGACCGACACGCUUUUAUUAUUAAUUGCGUCCCUUUCUUCUCUAAUACCCUCCUCCGAUGGAAGGAAUGUUACGCGACUCUCUCUUGCCGCUUAUUAUGAAUUACUACAAGUACUCACAAGAGAACGUACGACAAGGUUUUGUUCUUUAUUUUAUCGUCAAGAGAAACAGAGGAGGUUGAAGCAAAGCCAGGGUAAGAGGAGAAAGAUAGUCUCCCUCCAUAUUGAUUUCAAUUGUUAUGAAUAAAUAAAAAGGGAGGGCAGAGAAAUUAAGAGUAGGUUGAAGAGAAAAUUUUAUGUAUAGGGAUGAAUCCGAGACCUUAAGUUAUGGCUAUGGCUGCAAAGGCAGUAGCAGUUCCACUUUCUGCUGCUGCUUAUUUUUAUUGUUAUUGUCUCUCUUAUAUCAUACUAUUUUUUUAUAUAAAUUUUAUUUCUUUUUCCUUUAAAUUUACUUAUUAGUCUAAAUAUGAGCGUUUCACUUGAA